GAGAAUAAUUGGUUGGGAAGCAUGUAAAUGCCGCUCAGGGCGCAACAGUCUAUGUGACAACCAAUGGCGUUAUUCUGCCUGCCACUGCGGCUGCGAACACGUGGUUUCUGUUGACGUCGUACCAGUAUGCCGCGCUCGAAGCGAAAUCGUCAAGUUUCUCUAACUCGGACGAAGAAGAAGGGAUUAGAGCACAAGCGGGAUCUCAUCCAAGAGGUGCGAGAUGCCUUUGACAAGUAUGACAAGGUGUUUGUGUACUCGGUGUCCAACAUGCGGAACACCAAGCUCAAGGAUGUGCGCCAGGAAUGGAAGGACAGCAGCUACGACAUGCCACCUAAGAGCGCCUUGUCAGCAACCAAGCUAGAAGAACGGACCCCUCAUGUGUGCAAUUGGUUCUACUUUGGCAAGAACAAGGUGAUGAGCGUGGCCCUGGGCCGGUUCAUCGACGAAGACCACCGUGAGAACCUGCACAAAGUCAGCGAGCGACUACGUGGCCAGUGCGGCCUCUUCUUCACCAACGCCACCAAGGAGAAAGUUCUUGAGUGGUUCAGCGAGUACACUGAUGCAGACUAUGCACGGGCAGGAUUCAAAGCGACACACCAGGUGUUCCUGGACCAAGGUCCGCUGCCUCAGUUCCAGCACUCUCUGGAACCACACUUGAGGCGGCUGGGUCUGCCCACCAGCCUCCAGAAAGGUGUGGUGACAUUGGUGAAGGACCACGAAGUGUGCAAGGAAGGCGAGGUGCUGAAGCCGGAACAGGCUAGCAUACUGAAACUGCUUGGCAUCAAGAUGGCCACUUUCAAGAUCACUAUGGAGUUCCUUUGGAAUUCAGAUGGUACUUGCGAGGUGCUCUGCGAGAGUGCCAAUGAGUUUGCCAAAAAGAAGAGGUCACUGCGAGGCAAGAAGCGGCAGAAGCUUGAAGCAGAUGACAACGAAGGUGCUGAUAAUGGCAGCGAAGAAGAGGAGGAAGACUUGGACAGCGCUGGUGAAGAGAGUGACGAAAGCGAUGGUUCCUCAAACAGUACAGAAGAGUUGGUCCAGCAGAGGCCAAAGAAAGUUGCAGUUAGGUCAAAGAGACAGAAAUAAACUAUAAUUUUAGACAUCUGGCAAA